CAUCGAUACCUGAGUUUCCCUUACUCUUGAGCUAAGUAGUAGACACCUAAAGAUCUGUUUUUUAGUCUUGGCCCUGUGAAUGACAUGGUGAUAUUUCAAGUUGGCUUCAGUUUCCCCUUCUUUUAAAUAAAAGUGUUAAACUACAUGGCACUUACAUAUAAGAUUAGUCUUAGCUAUUCCUAAAAUCUUAUCAAUCUAUGUCUGUUCUUGGACCAAAAAUGCAUUUUGGGCUUUGUAAACCACCCUACUCUUCAUUGCAAAAUCAAGAGCAGAUGAGUGGAUGUAUGAGAAACUGGAAAGGACUUUCCUUCCAUACAAGAGAAGUAAUUUAAUCCCCGUGGAACUCAACUCCUAGACUUACUGUUUUUCUCCUGUGAUUGGUUGGCAGCCCUGUUCCACUCCCACCCUACUCUGCUGUACCUUCUCCUUCCUUAUCUUUGCCCAGGUGGUUUGGUCCCUCAGGGUAACUUCUGUUUACAGAGGAAGAAGCUGCCUAAUUCAGUUCUGUUGCUGUUCUUCCUUUCCAGGCUUCUGACCUCCUCUGGGCACAAGUGGGAAGAGGAUCAUCCUUGCUCUCUCCCUCUAAUCAGAUAGAAUACUGAAGGCAAUGACGCCUCCUCCACUAGCCAGACCCCCUGAUGGGGGCUGGGGCUGGGUGGUGGCAGGCUCUGCAUUUGUGGUGAAUGGGCUCUCCUAUGGGCUGCUGCGAUCCUUGGGCCUUGCCCUCCCUGCCUUAGCAGAGUACUUUGACCAAAGUACCCAGGACACUUCGUGGGUCAGUGCCAUUACUCUGGCUGUGCAGCAGGCUGCCAGCCCGGUGGGCAGUGCACUGAGUACACGUUGGGGGGCACGUCCUGUGGUGAUGGUAGGAGGUCUCAUCACUUCCCUUGGCUUCAUUCUCUCAGCCUUUGCCAGCAGCCUCCUGCACCUCUACCUGAGCCUUGGCCUUCUCGCGGGCUCUGGCUGGGCUCUGGUGUUUGCCCCAGCCCUGGGUACCGUUUCUCGAUACUUCUCCAAGCGCAGGGUCCUGGCUGUGGGGCUGGCCCUGACUGGCAACGGGGUAGCCUCCUUGCUCCUGGCCCCAGUUCUACAACUCCUCCUCGAUGCCUUUGGUUGGCGAGGUGCCCUGCUCCUGCUUGGGGCCAUCACCCUCCAUCUCACUCCCUGUGGGGCCCUGCUGCGGCCUUUGCCUCUCUCUGGAGAUCCUACGACUCCAUCCCACAGUCCCCUUGAUGCUCUUGGUCUCACCCUGUUCACCCACUCUGCCUUUGCUGUGUUUGCACUGGGGACAACCCUGGUGGGCCUUGGUUAUUUCAUUCCCUAUGUGCACCUUGCCCCCCAUGCUCUGGACCUUGGGCUUGGAGGAUAUGGGGCAGCUCUGGUGGUUGCUGGGGCUGCAGUAGGGGAUGCAGGAACCCGACUGGUCUCUGGGUGGCUGGCAGACCAUGGCUGGAUCCCUCUCCCACGGUUGCUGGCCCUGACUGGGGCACUGACUGGGCUAGGGCUGGUGGCAGUGGGGUUGGUGCAGGAACAAGAAGAAGGGUGGGGGGGACCCCUACUGGCAGCAGCAGGAGCUUAUGGAAUGAGUGCAGGUGCAUUUGCUCCACUGGUAUUUGGUGUUCUUCCUGGUCUUGUAGGGCUAGGGGGCAUCUUGCAGGCCACAGGGCUGGUGAUGAUGCUGAUGAGCCUGGGAGGACUCCUAGGUCCACCACUUUCAGGUUUCCUUCGGGAUGUGACGGGUGAUUUUAAGGCUUCCUUCCUUGUCUGUGGCUCCUUCAUCCUUUCUGGCAGCUUCAUCUACUUGAUGCUCCCUGGGGCCCUGCCUCCCUGUCAUCCUACUCCACCUCCUCCAACCCCUUCUGCUGAGCAGGGAGAACUCCUUCCCUCUCCUGAAAGUGCCCUGGGUUCUCCAAGAGAUCCUCAUUCCUUUUCAAAUACUAAUUGUUAACUCCUUAUUCUUUCCCCUUUAUCUCCAAAUAAAAUUACUACCAACCCCCUUUUCAUGUUCAAACCCCAUAGACAACCUAAAAAAAGUGGAGGAAAUUAUAAGUGGGAUGGAGAAGAGGGAUGGGAGACCCUAUAUUAUUAGCUACAGGAAACUCCCAAAUUGAGAAAACCAAGUAUGAGGGAUAAGAUUUACUCUCCUUAACAGAUAAGCCUCUGUAGAACAUUGACCUCCUUUCUACCCCUACCUUGGGUGGUGCCAAGGGAAAAAAUCUUGGUUUUGAACAAGGAGAAUGAUCAAGAUACAUAUGACUUCACCCUGAUCUCUGAGCAGGACCCUAGACAUCAUGGUGUUUUCCCUCUGCUCUCUUCCCAUCUUCAGCUUCUUA